CAACACAAAAGAAAAAGGCACGCAAACAGAGAGUGUGGAGGGAGGAGAGGCAGUGUCAGUAUUUUCACACUCCAAAACUAAGUCACUGUUCUUCAUCUUCUUCCUCCUUCGCCCCCACCACCAUCGCUGCAUAUUCUAAAAUCUCAAUCGCUUUAAAGAGCCUAGGGUUUCGCUGUUCUUGUUUGGAUCCGAGAAAUGGAAGUCGACGAAGAGUACCGAAGAAAAGAGCAACUCGUUCUUGUGGCAAUUGUUGUACUCGCUUCCUUGGCUCUCGUUUCUUUGCUCGUCGCUUUCAGCUAUUACUGCUAUAUCAGCAAUAAGGUCUCUAAACGCCUCAAAAUCCGCAAAAGGGAUGAUCUUGAGAAGGGAGGUAGUUUUGACAAUGUUAAAGAAUUUUCCACCGAGAAAGGCCUCCAAGUGUUCACCUUCAAGCAGCUAUACUCAGCUACCUGUGGCUUUAGCAAGUCAAAUGUGGUCGGGCACGGUAGCUUUGGAUAUGUAUACCGAGGAGUUCUCAACGAUGGGAGAAAGGUUGCGAUUAAGCUUAUGGAUCAAGCAGGGAAGCAGGGAGAGGAUGAAUUUAAAGUGGAGGUGGAAUUGUUAAGUCGACUUCAUUCACCAUAUUUGUUGGCCUUGCUCGGGUAUUGCUCUAAUAGCAAUCAUAAAUUGCUGGUGUACGAGUUCAUGGCUAAUGGCGGUCUGCAAGAACAUCUGUAUCCUGUUAGCAGUUCAAAUUCAGUCAGUGUUAAGUUGGACUGGGAAACGCGGUUGAGAGUUGCGCUUGAAGCUGCCAAAGGUUUGGAGUAUUUACAUGAACAUGUAAGCCCCCCAAUAAUUCAUAGGGAUUUCAAGAGCAGCAAUGUUCUGUUGGACAAAAAUCUUCAUGCCAAGGUUUCUGAUUUUGGAUUGGCAAAGAUCGGUUCAGACAAAGUCGGGGGACAUGUAUCCACUCGAGUACUGGGGACACAAGGAUAUGUUGCGCCUGAGUAUGCGCUAACAGGGCAUUUGACAACAAAGUCAGAUGUCUAUAGUUACGGGGUUGUCCUCUUGGAGCUGCUUACAGGCAGAGUUCCAGUUGAUAUGAAGAGAACUCCUGGGGAAGCUUCCCUUGUUUCUUGGGCUUUGCCGAGGCUGACUGAUAGGGAGAAAGUGAUGCAUAUAAUGGACCCUGCAUUGGAGGGUCAAUACUCCAUGAAGGAUGUUGUUCAAGUUGCAGCCAUAGCCGCAAUGUGUGUUCAACCAGAGGCAGAUUACAGGCCGCUGAUGGCCGAUGUUGUCCAGUCACUGGUUCCACUGGUGAGAAAUUACAGGACAGCUUCGAAGAUUGGUAGCGGUUCUAGUUCCAGCGCUACCAAGUCGCCUGUGGCGCACGACAAGGCUAGUUCGGAAGACUGAAUGAAAGAACAGGUUGUCUCUCGACGAUUGCUUCUCGUUAGCUAACAUAGAUUUUAGACUCGUUUGUGUUGCUGUAAGAAAUUCAUAUUCAUAUGCUAACUGUUUAUUGUCUCAGUUACCGACUGCGUCGGUGACUCUUGUGUAAGAAUUUGAAUUCAUAGGAUGUGUCAUUGAUUCUCCCGUCAUAGUAUUUGUGAUGUAAUUAACGUUUUGAAAAUUUGGGUAUGGUGUGUUUUGUGUA